CAAGAAAAUUACAUAACAGCUCUUCCCUGAGAGCAGUAUACUUAUUGUCAGAACAUUUACAACAAGGGGUAGAAUAGGGUUUUUGGGUUUUAGGGGUUGGAAAUGGUGAAGCAUUGAAGUAAGUUUCCAAGAAUGGUUAUUCUAUGUUGUGUGGAAAUGCUGGGAGGUGUGCUGCUUCUUCCAUGGCCUAAAAAAGACAAUUUUUUGAGCUAUUCUGAUCACAGAACAAGACAAGACCAAUGCACAGAAACAAAAACAAUUUGUUUGCAAGAAGAAGAAGAAGAAACUGUACAUACUUCUUCUUCAUACAUGGUGUCUUCUUCUAGCUAUUGCAAGAUCUCCCCAGUCAUUUCAUUUCUUGUCUUGUUUCUUUGUGUUAGUUCUUCUGUUCCUCCUGUUUUUUCUUCGAAACCCGAAAAUAUUCAGCAAGGAAAUCAGACAUUGAGAACAGGGAAAGAAGUGCAGAGGUUGAAGCUCAUCAAAGCUCAUCUCAAGAAGAUCAACAAGCCUUCUGUCAAGACAAUUCAGAGCCCAGAUGGAGAUUCGAUAGAAUGUGUGCCAACUCAUCAGCAACCAGCUUUUGAUCAUCCUCAUUUGAAAGGACAAAAACCAUUGGAUCCUCCAGAAAGGGUGCGUAAUGGUUCAGCAGACACGGCGUCGGAAAAUUAUCAGCUGUGGAGCUUUUCUGGAGAAUCAUGUCCAGAAGGAACAGUUCCAAUCAGAAGAACAACUGAACAAGAUGUUCUCAGAGCUAGUUCUGUUCGAAGAUUCGGGCGAAAAUUUCAAAGGCCUAUCAGAAGAGACACUUCCAGCAGUGGCCAUGAGCAUGCAGUUGGAUACGUUACUGGACAACAAUAUUAUGGAGCAAAGGCCAGCAUAAAUGUGUGGUCGCCUCGAGUGGCUAGCCGCUAUGAAUUCAGCUUAUCUCAGAUGUGGGUCAUUUCCGGUUCAUUUGGAAAUGAUCUCAACACCAUUGAAGCUGGUUGGCAGGUUAGCCCAGAACUUUAUGGGGACAGUUAUCCUCGAUUCUUCACUUACUGGACUACGGAUGCAUAUCAAGCAACAGGGUGCUACAAUUUGCUGUGUUCGGGGUUUGUCCAGACCAGCAACAGAAUAGCAAUAGGAGCGGCAAUUUCUCCCAGAUCAUCUUACCGCGGUGGCCAGUUUGAUAUUAGCAUCAUGAUAUGGAAGGACCCGAAGCACGGGAACUGGUGGCUGGAGUUCGGUUCCGGAAUCCUGGUAGGGUACUGGCCAGCACGUUUAUUUACACACCUGAGGAAUCAUGCAAGCAUGGUACAAUACGGAGGUGAAGUUGUGAAUACUAGAAGCUCUGGUUAUCACACGCCCACACAGAUGGGGAGUGGCCAUUUCGCUGGAGAAGGCUUCGGCAGAGCUUCGUAUUUUCGAAAUUUACAGGUGGUGGAUUGGGAUAAUAGCCUGAUUCCGCCGCAGAAUCUUAAGGUUUUGGCUGAUCAUCCGAAUUGUUAUGAUAUACGAGGAGGGAUUAAUCGGGUGUGGGGUCAUUAUUUUUAUUACGGAGGGCCUGGAAGAAAUUCGAGAUGUCCCUGAUUAAGGGGUGGUCUUGGAAUGGUUCUUAUAAUUUUGGUAUCUGUCUUUUCAAGGGGAGCUUGUUUGUUCCUAGAGGCUGAGUUAUUCAUUUCGAUCUAACAUGUAAUCUGUUAAUUAUACGAACUCAUCGAUAUUAUUAUGUACAUUUUGAAAUGUGAAAUACUAGUGAAUAUACUAUCCGGUUUGUGAGCUACUCCGGUUUGAUG